UCGCCCACGGCGCGGGAGGUGGCAGCAUCCCCAGCAGCUCCGCAGGAUCCGCCGUGCCGGAGGUGCCCUGGGUAGCAGGAUGACGCUGUGGAACGGCUCCUUCCCCUUCUACCCCAGUGCCAACACCUGCUUCCCCUUUGACACCACCUGGGCCAUCAUUAUCUCCAUCUUCCUCUCCAUGUUGGCCACUUUCCUCAUCAUCCUGCCAGGGAUCCGGGGCAGGGGGAGACUCUUCUGGUUGCUGCGGGUGGUGAUGAGCCUCUUUGUGGGAGCAGUGGUCCUCACUGUACAGUUCACCAGGGACUGGGAGACUGGCUGGGUGAUGGCAAACACCUCCUACAAGUCCUUCAGCAGGGCCCUGGUGAACGUGGACAUUGGGCUGCACAUUGGCCUGGUGGGGCUGAACAUCACACUCGUGGGAAACCCAGUGAAUCAGCUCAAUGAAACCAUCAGCUACAAUGAGCACUUUGCCUGGAGUUUCAGUGCUGACUACGACCACAGCUACAGUGCAGGCCUGGAGAAGGGGCUGCCCAGCCCCAUCCUCUACGUGGCAGAGAAGUUCAGCAGGCAAAGCCCCUGCAGCAUGCACGGGCAGUACCGCAUCUCCGGCCACUACGCAUCGGCCAUGCUCUGGAUGGCCUUUUGCACCUGGCUCAUUUCCAUCCUGUUGUUCUCCAUGCCCAUCCUGCUCUACGGUGGCUUCAUGCUCCUCCUCACUGCUGUGCUGAUGCUCUUCUCACUGCUCUUCUUCUUCACUGCAAAGAACACUCCAAAAUGUCCUAUCCAGUUUGGUCCAGCUUCCCUGAAAACAGACUAUGGUGGAUCCUUUUGGCUGACAUUAGCAACAGGGCUGCUGUGCCUGCUCCUGGGGUUGGGCAUCAUCAUCCUGAACUCCAUGCAGCCUGAGAAGCUGAAGCUUGUAUUUAACCUGGACAAGGGAAAGAGAAAAGAAGAGGAGGGGUGGUACAAGUCCUACCUACCAACUGAGAUGAGCUCCUCUGCACAGGAGGUGCUGAUGGUCCCCCUGGGUGAGCUUUGUGAGGUGACAGCCACCCAGCUGUGAGGCACUGGGGUGAGGCAGGGCAAAGCCUGAGGGCACCUCUCCUGAAUUCACAUUCCAGUCCAAC